AUGUCACUCUUUAAGAAGACUUAUGGGUCCAAUAUUAAGUAUCACCAUGCCCGUAGAGGAAAAGAAGCUGUAUUUGAAGAUCAAUAUGGUGACGACGAGAAGUCUUAUAGUGAUUUAAAUUGGUAUGUGAAAGCCAUUGAGCAAACUAAUCCUGAUAGCUUUGUGAAAAUUGAAGUUGAUGAAGAAACUGGAAGAUUUAAGCGGAUUUUCAUCUGUUUCGGUGCUUGCAAGCAUAGCUAUAGGUAUCUCAGGCCCAUGAUUUACUUGGACGCUACUUUCCUCAUUGGUAGAUUCAGGGGUACUUUGAUGGCUGCAACAUGUGUCAAUGGAAAUGAUGGUUUUUACCCAUAUGCCUUUGCUAUUGUUUUAUCUAAAAACAAAGACAAUUGGUUUUGGUUUCUGGAUAAUCUUCAACAAGUGGUCGAUGAUCGUCCGAUUGUUUUCCUUAGUGAUCGUCACGAAGGACUUCUGCAGGGCAUUCCAAGAGCAUUUCCUGGUUCAUAUCAAGCUAUUGCUUUUACCACAUCAAGUGCAAUCUCCCUAUUGACCAUUCCAAAGGAGAAACGGGAAAAUGCAUUUUUCCCUGUAUGCAGAUAUGCUGCUCACUCUUCAUCUAUUGCAGAGUCAUUCAAUAACUGGAUUCUUGAGUUCAAAAAGCUGCAUGCUUUUUCUCUUCUCGAUGCGAUACAUUUGAAGGUUAUGCAGAUGAAUUCUAAGAGAAGGGUAGAAGGUCUUGAAAAUUUUAACACUAGGCUCACUCCCGUAUACGAGGAUUUACUAAACGAGAACAUCAACAUUGGUCGUACUUGGACUGUUGUUGAGUCUAUGGAAAGAUUGUAUGAAGUCAGGUCUCCCCGCACUCAUUCUGUAGAUCUGUUGGAGAGAACUUAUUUUCUACUCUGUCAGAAACUGUGCACAAUCAUGUACACCUUAAUAUUUCCUAACCUGUAA